AUGGCAAUCUCACAGCAAGGACCCCUCCCCAUCAUCAUCGUGGGCGCGGGUGUCAGCGGCCUGCUGCUUGCGCAGUAUCUCCGCAAGAACAACAUCCCCUACCGUAUCUACGAGCGCGACACGGACCUCACAACCCGCGGCGUCGGUUGGGGCCUGACGCUGCACUGGUCUCUCCCUGCACUACGAUCCUUGCUGCCAGAUGAUCUUGUUGCGCGGCUGCCCGAGGCCUACGUCGACCAGGCUGCAGUCGCUAGGGGUGAGGCAUCUGCGUUUCCCUUCUUCGAUUUGAGCACCGCCGAGCUGAAAGGCGCCAGCCCCCGUGCCCCGGAGAGUCUGAGGAUUAGAGUUACGAGGGAGAGGCUGCGCCGUUUGGUGGCUACAGAUAUCGAUAUUCAGUGGGGGAACGGCUUCACGAAAUAUGAAGAAAAUGAAACCGGUGUCGCUGUCUACUUCGAAGACGGCAGCUCGGUGGCCGGUCGCGUGCUCAUUGCCUGCGACGGGGGCCCCUCCCGUGUCCGGCGCCAGCUCUUCCCGGAACAACAUGAGAGAUACCGAAUUCCGGUCCGGGUGCUUGGUCUCAAGUUGCAAUUGACUCCCGAAGAGAUGGAGCCGAUUCGGAAGCUGGACCCCUUUUUCCUGCAAGGUGCAUCUUCUCGGAAUGAUACGUUUCUCUAUCUCAGCAUGCUUGACGCUCCUGGAAACAACGACGACAGCACGGGCAAGUACAGCUGUCAACUGUGCGUCUCAUGGCCGGAUCGCCCGGGCUUCCUGGGUAAGCCGGAGCCGGUCAGCUAUCCGCAGACGGACGCCGGCAAGGUCGAGCUCAUCAGGUCUUUUGCCGAAGGGUGGUCGGAGCCGUUUCGCUCCCUUGCACUCGGCAUUCCCACUGACACUGACGUGAAACACCUCGAUCUCUACGACUACCCUCCGCCAAAGGGGUUGAGGUCCAAAGGGAGGGUUGUGUUGAUGGGCGAUGCCUUUCAUGCGAUGGCGAUGUACAGAGGCGAGGGUGCCAACCACGCCAUCCUCGACGUUCUCGACUUCGCAGAGACCGUUGGGUCGAAGUUGAGCGGCAGUAACAACAGCUUCGCGGACCUCCGAGCCGUUCUGGACAUUUACGAAGAUGCCGUGGUCUCCAGAGCCCGACCCGGCGUAUUGGCGUCGCGGCGGGCCUGCAUGGAUGCGCACGACUGGCCCAAGAUUAGCCCUACGAGUCCGCUCCUCAGCAAGCGGGAGAUGAAGCUUCAGUUUGAUGAAGAGUAA